AUGAAGAAACUAGAGCCCAUUCUUCUUGAAUAUGAGGAUGAAGAUCUUACUAAACUAGUAGAGAAGGAAAUUCCUCCUAAAGUAAAGCAACAUUGUGUAAUAACACAUGAUGAGACAACAUUAUCCGCAAAUAACGAUGAAAAAAUGAGAUGGGGGCCCGAAGGUGAAUAUAAAAUACAUCCAAAAGGACAAGGCAGGGGCAUUCAUGUUAGCAAAUUUUUGUGUGAACCACUGGGUCGAGUUCAUUUGACCGAAAAACAACAUGUAGCCCAUCCCGAAAUCCCAAACCAUUAUGUUACAGAGCUGUUAGAAAUUGAAUAA